AUGCAGCAGCAGCAGGUUUUGUGCCGCAGUGUGACCUUUGAGCAGCACAAGGAGAACCUGGCCCGUAUGUUCCGUCAGUACCAGAGACUGGGCUCCGAGGGCGAUGCGGCUCGUAUCCGGACCAUUUCCGGGGCCAGCCGAGACUCUGAGAUUCUGGGCCAGCUCCGGACCAACAGGGAUCAGGGGGAGGAGACCGCCCCCUCCACCGUGAUCGAGCUCACCAUUGACCCAGAGGGGGUCCCCCAGAACCAGGAGUCCCCCAACACUACCCCUCCCUCAGAAACCUCAACAGCAUCUGCCUCCACCCCCAGCCCUCCAGAGAGAGAAGGAGAUAGAAGUCAGAGGGGUCAAGCACCCAUAACUGUGUCCAACAUGCUGGCCAGAGCUGAAGAAGAGGAGGAACUACAGCAGGUCCAGAAUCAGAUCUCUGAAGAUCAGAGAGGUGGUGCUGGUGACAGAGCCGAAGUUACUACCCAGGAGACUGAAGCUAAACUCACUGGGGAUAAAGUCAGCAGUAAGACCGUUGAGGCCAUGGCUGAGACUGAGACAGCCACAGACAAGACUGAUGAAGCUGCAGCAGCUAGCACAGCUGAAACAGACGAAGCGACCAGGCCAGAAACUGAAGACGCUAAGGUGGCUAAAUCAGAAACAAGUGACGAUGCUACAACAUCUGAUACCGACAAAGUAGUAAGACCUCAAACGGAUGGAGAGAAGGGGUCAGAAACGCACAGCCGCAAAGCCUCCAACGUUCUUAUGUCUGAAGAUUCCCUGAACGAACCCAAGGAACCGGAACUCGCAAAGCGACCGGAGGGACAGGUCUCUGCUGUCAUCUCGGCCUGCCAGGAGGGCAGCGUGGCGGAGGGGUCAGCAGUCGGGGCAUCUGUCCAGUCAGUCAGUGACCAGGUCCGACCCAGCUCCACCGACGACAGCAUGGAGGAAUCCUCUUUUGUCUCCGCCGCUGGUGGAGAGGAGGAAGAAAAGGAGGAAGAGGAGGUGAAGACAGAGGAGGUUGUAGUUGAGGAGGAGAAGAUGGAAGAGGUUAAAGCAGAGGAGAUCAAGACUGAGGUUAAAACUGGAACGGAGAAGGAAGAGGAGAGUGUUGCCAAGGUCACAAAGUCGGCAGUGGAAAGUCCAGCCACACCACCUGCUUCUGUACCUGAGGAGAGUCAGACACAACCCCCUAAAAUGGAGGAGAUUGACCUUAACCCGUCUGCACCAGGCACCGACCCCACCAGCACAGAGCCAGCAUGGCAGCCUUUAGAGUCCACAACAUCACCCCCUUCAGCCCUGGAGGCCAUACUACCAGCAGCAGUAGGGGCCACUGUCUCUAAAUCUGACACCCCACAGGCUGUGGCACCAGCAGAGGCCCCCAGCACCAAGGGGUUCCAGCCAGAAGCCCCACAGGCCACAGAGGCCCCCAGCUCCAGGACUGAUACCUCUCCGAAGGUAGCCACUGCUACUGCUGUGGAGGCAGGGAAAGACAGUGCAGCAGAGGGCCCUGGCUCUGCCACCAAGACCAAAGAGAUCCACAUUGCCAGGCUGGAUGUGUCCAGUGUGGCCUCAGACACAGAGAGACUGGCUCUAAAGGAGACCUCCACACCUGAAGUUCCUCAGGGUGACGCAGCCGGUGCCUCAGGAGGCCAGGCCAGCGAGAGCAGCUCCUCCGCUCGCUCCACCAUGUUCCGUAUUCCAGAGUUCCGUUGGUCUCACAUGCACCAGCGCCUGCUCACAGACCUGCUCUUCUCCAUCGAGACUGACGUGCAGACGUGGAGGAGUCACUCCACUAAGACGGUGAUGGACUUUGUGAACAGCAGUGAGAAUGUGGUGUUUGUCCACAACACAGUGCACCUCAUCUCUCAGGUGGUGGACAACCUCAUCAUGUCCUGUGGAGGCAUCCUGCCCCUGCUUUCUGCUGCCACAUCCUCCUCACAUGAUCUGGAGAACAUUGAGCCGUCCCAGGGUCUGUCGGUGGAGGCCUCUGUCACCUUCCUGCAGCGCCUCAUCAACCUGGUGGAUGUUCUGAUCUUCGCCUCCUCCCUCAACUUCACCGAGAUCGAGGCUGAGAAGAACAUGUCCUCUGGCGGUAUCCUCAGACAGAGCCUCCGCCUGGUGUGUGCCAUGGCUGUGAGGAACUGUCUGGAAUGUCAGCAGCAGUCUCACUUCAAGCCCAGCCAGGACAGCGCCCGCGGCCAGCAAGCUGUGCACAGCCUCAUGGGAACCGCCAAGUCCAUGCCCACGCAGAGCCCUGUUGAUGUUGUGGCAGGAGGGAUGUCUCCCAUCAGAGACAUGGACCGUCUGCUACAGGAAAUGGACAUCAACCGCCUCAGAGCCGUGGUCUUCAGAGAUAUCGAGGACAGUAAGCAGGCUCAGUUCUUGGCCCUGGCCGUGGUUUACUUCAUCUCUGUUCUCAUGGUGUCCAAGUACCGAGACAUCCUGGAGCCCCAAAACGACAAGAAACUCCCCCAGCGCAGCCAGUCUGCCAGGAGCGCAGACAGUAAUGCCGUCUCUGGCGGUCCCGACCUGGAGAGCAGUGUGUCCCUCCGUCGCCGAGACUCUGGCAUCGGGGAUGACCAUAGCUCCGUGGCCCCCAGCGAGGCGGACACCACCGCCCAGGGGCCCGACGCCGUGUCCGAGGCCCUGUCCACCCUCUCCUCAGAGGUCAGGGGUCACAGAGACAACCCCACGGCGGACGCCAGGGGCGGGAAGAACGUGAAGGACAUCCUGCGCAGCCUGGUCUCUGCGCCUGCUGAUGACAUCAUGGUGGACCCCAGCCUUCUGCCGCCGGCCUUCCUGGGAGCUGCUAUGGGAAACAACCCCAACCAGUUCAGAUCCUUCGACAGAAGCGUUCGGGUGGCACCCAAGAAGGUGGGUGGGGCUCCGUCCCCAGGCUCCUCCACUCCUGUCCCAUCAGCCACCGCUGCCGUGGCGGCUACCGGGACACCAGUCAACAACGUUGCCGUGGUUUCCACGGGCGAUGCCUCCCAGAGCACCACCGCUGAGGCUGCAGCCGGAUCAGCCAGCGCCAACCUGCCAUCUGUCCCCACGCUGUCCCCAAUGACCCGGGACACAGCCCCCAGUAUGAGUAUCUCAGAGAGACUGGAGCAUGCUCUGGAUAAGGCUGCCCCCCUACUGAGAGAGAUCUUUGUGGACUUUGCCCCCUUCCUCUCUCGCACCCUGCUGGGUAGUCACGGACAGGAGCUCCUCAUCGAGGGCACCAGUCUGAUGUGUAUGAAGUCCAGCAGUUCGGUGGUAGAGCUGGUCAUGCUGCUCUGUUCUCAGGCUGAAAAUGGAGAGCGGCAGGACUUGGAGUUUAACCCCGGAGCACGGCAUCACUACGGCUACAAGAGCAAUACUCUCUGA